UUCGCGUUUUCAUUUAUAUUUAUUUUUGAAAUUUGAAAAUUUGUCGAAACCUACUACUACUUCACUUAUUCAUUGGAUGAUCGAAUACAGUAGUGAAAUUAUUAAAAGCAUUGCUGAAGCCGAAGAAUGCACACAUUUGGCUAAUUGGCGACAUUUUUUUUCAAGAUUUCAAUUUAUUGCCUAGAAUUUUUCAGACAAUUUGUUCAUUAUCACAACAAACCUCAGCGUCCCGUUUUCGCUUACUAUCCAUCAAACUUGUAAAGGCAGCAAAAAUUUACAACAACAAAGUGCUUCCUUGCAUCCUUGUUGACAUUUGAUGCAAAGAAAUUGAACAUUGAUUUAAGUGACUGACUACCACUUACACUGACACACACCUCUACACUAGAUAAAUACAUUCAUAUGUGAGAUUGAAUUGGAGGCUAUAAUAAAUAAGAGUUUAUAACACACAUACUAUAUAUGUGCCCACCUCAAUAUUCACGUAUAAAGCUGAUACUUAUCACCGAUGUAUGUGGGCUUUGCUUGGAAAAAACGACGCCAAUAAAUAUUUAUGGUUAUUUAAUGGAAAAUAACGUUUUAACGCACAUUUAUGUAUCUCUACAAACAUUUAGGAAGGCUUGUACCAGUGCACACACACACUUACAAUUAAGCGUGUGUAUUUGUUCAUGUUUAUUAUUGGCAAAAUACACAGAGUCCACUAAUUAAAACUGUCUAACCCGCUCAUCACAACUACAAAAUGCAAUAAAUUAACUACCUUCCCACCAAAAGACUAAAUGAAAUUUAUUCCGUUCGCAGUGGAAAAAUACGUUUCCGCUAUACAUUUUUAGUGAGUGUAGUGGAAAAUGUUGAUAUUUGUGUUGCGCUAUUUCUUUGUUUAUUGGAUACUGCUGGGUGGCAGCGCCAGCGAAGAAUCGCUUUUACGUGAGUUAAAUUUGGAAUUGAAAGACUUCCCUACAACUUCGUGUAGAUUGCAUUGCAUGCAUCGAUUACGAAAGGACAAAUACGAAGGCGAGUCGACGGAGCGACAAAGCAAUUGGGCGGACCAAACAUGCAUUGAACACUGUACGAGAGAAAAUGCCACAACUUUCAUACAAUCGGAUAAAUAUCAUUUUACACACAUUCGCUAUCAGAUGAUAUUAGUCUGUCGCGAUGACAAUAGUUUGACAUUUCGCAUUGUACACGUCCACAAUGAAGACAUCAAAGCUGAAGAAGGGGGAAGUGGUGUAACACAAAAUAAUGCAACGGAAAACAAAUACGGCAGCAUUAUAUUAGAUGGUGAAGAUGAAGAUCGCAACAUAUUUACUGCGCCGGUGAGCAUGCGAAAUGCCACAGCGCCAUCGCAAACGCAGACAACAAUGACAAAUCUCAACAUUGACACCGGCCAACUGAGCGAGCUCGCCGAAGCGAUUUAUAUGAUUAAAGUACAAAGUAGCACAAAUACGACUAUUUAUAUGUUCAAUGAGAACUUCUUCACAAUAGAUGAUCUCGCAAAUGCCACCACCUAUACAAUUUCCGCAUUAGCGAUGAAUGCCAAACAUCAGUACGCCAUUGUCGCUAGAGCUCAGAAAUUCUCAACUUUACAACAUAACUAUACGCCGGGCUUUGUCGAAGCAAUGUAUUUGAAACGCUUCCUUCCCGACAAUUCAAAUGAAAUGCAUCUGAUGGCGGACAUUACUUGGCAACCAUCCGAAGACAGAACAUGCUACUACGUUAUUCUCUAUUAUGGUGACUCAGGAGCUGAUGUGACAUCUGUGGAAAUACGUAAACCACGACAGUUGUACAGAUCUACUUUGGAGAAUUUAACCUUUUCAGAGGUAUACAAGGUUGGCAUAGUCGCCAAGAAUACACACAAUUCAGCGAAGGAAAGUGAAAUGAAAUGGCUAGUAAUACAGACGCCGUCAUGUGCGGAGUGGUACAACUACGAUUUCACCAUUUGCCCGCCAUUUAAACCCGAAGAAUUAAAAGUUAGGCGCAAAUAUGUUAGAGGAAAUAUAUAUUCAUUAAAUAUUACUUGGAAAAAGUCGGAGCAUCCGAUAAGUUACUACGUCAUACAGGUUGUGGAUCACAUAGGUGUUGGACGUGAAAGUAAAUUUAAAGUUAAUAAGGACACCACAAGGUUUAUAAUAAAAGAAAUCGAAUUAAAUGGUACACUAUUCGAUGUACAUUUAAUUGCCUGCACCCCGGGAGGCAAUGCGUCCACUGUCCAAACGGAGGUCAACAGUCAAACUGUGCUAUUACCGGGUUCGCCAGUGACGAAUGAUGCCCUUCUUAUUGCAAAGCUAGUGGUCGCCGUGCCGAUCAUCAUCAUCUUAGCUUGUAUCCUAAUCACCAUCCUUCGUUAUCGUUAUGUAAAAUAUAAAAGACAUCAAAAGCGUUGCAAAUAUUUUGAGGAUCUAGAAAAUAAGGCGCCCAUUGAUCCAAAGGCGGCCUUGGAAAAAACGAAAACUGUGCUCACCUCACCGGAGGACCUGUCGCAAUUUCAAUUGGAUCUUGAGGAGAAAUUAUUUUUCAACGACGCCAUGGAAAUCGACCGCAACGAUAUUAAGUUGCACGAAAUUCUGGGUGAGGGCGCUUUCGGUUUAGUGCGCCGUGGCAUCUACAACGAUAGCAAAGCGGGCGCACGUGAAGUGGCUGUUAAAAUGCUGAAAGAUCGCCCUUCGGUGGAUGAUGUGCGCGCUUUUCGACGUGAAAUCGAAGUAAUGAAAUCGGUGGAGCGGCAUCCGAACAUUGUCGGCAUCAUUGGACAUUGCACAAAGAGUUAUAAUGAAAUGCUUUUGCUGACGGAAUAUUGCAGUUUCGGCAAUUUACUGGAUUUUUUAAGAGAUGAAUGGAAAUAUUUGUACGAGUUGAAUGUAAAGUGCAGCAGUGCCUCAAUAAAUCGGAUGUGCAAUCGAUUGAGUCGACAUAGUGGCAAAAAACAACAGAAGCGUGGGCGCCGCAGCAUAUCACAAACGCAUCGACGCAAUCGUAGCGAUAGCAACGGCAACAGCCAUCUCACCUCCAUUGACCACAGCUACACCAGCAGGAGCGGUGGCGGUGGCUGUAGCACCGAGGGUGGUGGCAGUGGUGGUGGUGUUGUUACUAAGGUUUUCAACAUUGACGGCAACAUCAUCGAGCGGCUCAAGUUCAAAUAUAAAAAUCUAAGCUCACUGCAGCAGCGGCAUAGCCUUACAGUAGCAACAACAACAACACAUUAUCGGCCCACAUAUGAUAUAUCUGCGGCGACUACGAUGACAUCGAUCACCACCAUAAACGACAGCACGCCACCACCGCCCCCCACGCCGCUGCUGUCGCCGCACUCCAAUGCCGCCGACAACAAAUCGUAUGGAUAUGGUUACGAGGAAAUCGGCUGCAACACCUGCAGGCAACACCUCAGUACUCGUAUGAGCAAUGAUGGUGGAAAAAACACUAAAGUGCUUAACGGCAUAAAUGCGUCGAGUAGUGAGGCGGCGAAGCAACAGUUUGACAAAGAGGACGCAGAGCAGAAGCAAUCGGGAGGUAGCGACGCGUACGCGAGAAAUUGUGAGUGUCAGCAAAAUUUAUUGAAUGAAGGCCAGGUGAAACAACGUCAAAAAACGGCCACUAAAUGUGCGAAGAAAUCGACCGGUGCGGUGGAGAAUAAAUCAUAUUUUAGGUUUCUGCCUGAAAUCGUGAGUGAGGCAGCACUGCGCCAACGUCAAUGGCAGAGACGUCAAGCACGUUCUGCGGCACGCAACAGAGCGUUGGUGGUGCAGCCAACCGAAAGUAGCAGCACAACAACUGUCACCAGCGCGGCAACAACCACCGACAAUGUCGUCCAUGAUGGCUUAAGCGAAAGCGUGCGACGCCAGCCAUUGAGCACCGCCGAUCUGCUGGAUAUAGCGCGACAGGUUGCGGUGGGCAUGGAAUUUUUAGCAAAAAAUAAAGUGGUUCAUCGUGACUUGGCUGCACGAAAUGUGCUCGUCGCACCAGAUCGCACCAUUAAAAUUGCUGACUUUGGACUGAGCCGUGACAUUUACCAAGAGAAUGUUUAUAAGAAAACCGGAAAUGGGAAAUUGCCCAUCAAAUGGUUGGCCUUGGAAUCAAUGACUCACCAGGUGUACACGACGCAGAGCGAUGUUUGGUCGUAUGGCAUACUGCUCUAUGAGAUUGUGACACUCGGCGGCACACCGUACCCCUCAAUACCGACGAAUCGCCUCUUGCAUCUGCUGAAGUCCGGCUAUCGCAUGGAGAAGCCAAAGAAUUGUGGACCUGAAUUCUACAACCUCAUGUAUGCCUGCUGGAAUGUGAAUCCUGGUGAUCGUCCUACAUUCAGUGAAAUUAUUAAAAUUCUUGAGGAUUUUCUGGUUGAUGAGCCGGAACGCCAAAUCGAGACUGUAUUGGGUGUGCCAAAAUUGGAGUGCAUUGAACAGUAUAGUCGCAAAGAAUGUCAAAAUCAACAAUUAAACCAGCAACAACUGGAAGAACAACCACAAACUGCACACGACGAUGAUGAAAUGUUGGAUACGUCGGCUAUAGAAGACUCUUAUUUGAAGCCAUUGUAGUUGAGUAAAUCGGAAUGAGUGACGUCUAGGAAAUUGGCAGUUCAAAUGUUAUACAGAGCAUUUACAUACGAGUAUGCAUAUACGUACAUCCAUAGUUAAGUAAUAAUGCGUCGAGCAAGAGUAAAAACGAUACUUGUAUAUCGCUCUAGGAACGGACAUGUCAUUCGUUGUGUAGAAAACUGAAAUAAAUUAUUAAGGAAUUGAAGUUCACCAUCGUUAUGUAUGGUAUGUAAGAAUGAAAGAAAGAAGGGGAUUACAAAACGCCAGUACUUACAUACACACAUAACCUGUAGCGAAAUGUACCAGAGUUAAUUGAUCUCGAAUCUAGGCUAUCUAUGUGAUUUAAAGGCGUAAAUAUAAUUUAUCAAAUUAUAAUUCAAGCUUAUUGAUCAAUAAAAAAUUUGAUUUCCUCGAACUUCCAAUUAUCAAAAAAAAAUUAAUUAAUGCCUAAAGAAAUUCUUUUCUACAUUUAUCCGAAUUUAUAAACUAAUAUUUUUAUUUCAUAAAUGAAGAGUAAACUCUAAAUUAAGCGAGUGUUUUUGAAAUGAAAUAUAUUCAAUUUAAAAACACCGAGCUUCUACUUUUAACUACAGCGUUCAAAUGUAUGUAUGUUUGUAAGUCGUUGAACAUCAGCAUUCGCGAAAAGUUUCGAUCCAAAUGCGCUUAACUGUGAAUAGGCCAUUGUAUAAUAAAAUAAAGCUCAACUGGCUAAGUGAUCAAUUGAAAUCGGUAAUGAAAGUCACUAACAAGAAUGGCACUGAAAAUGCAAGCAAAAAAGCUAAAGAAUUCAAUGAAGAAAAAAGUGAGUAGACGAAGAUUGAUUAGAAGACUGCAAAUUUGUUGUAUUUGUAUGUGAGCAUAAUUGCAUUGCAAUACACACAUAUUCACUCACAUACUUUUUCAAUAUUAUUUACAAAUAAUGGCCUAAAACUAAUCGAAGAAACUCAAUUACAAAUCGAUAAUAAAUUAUAAGUUUACAAAUAUAUAUAGUUUAAGGUUAUGUAUUUAAAAUAAGCUAACUGUUUUUUACACAUUUAAAAUUAAAUUUAAUUCAAUUAAAAUUAUUGAACAAAAAUCGUAAGGACAAUACCGUUACCAAAUUAAUAAAGCGAUUGCUACAAAAAUGCAUUUUGUUGUGAAUUUUAUGCUAAAUUUAUUUUAACAAAAUUAUAUACAUAUAUAGAUACAUAUAAAUUCUUAGGUGUAUUAAAAAGGAAUUUAAAACAAAUAUAUUUGCUUACAUACAUAUCCAUUUUAAAACGUAUACAUACAAAAAAUAUACAAAUAAGAAAAUGUUUUACUCUAAGCACAUACAAACGUGUUGAACUAAAAGUUAUAACAGCAACAAAGAAGAAUUAUUAAAUACAUUUAUGAAAGCACAUAUACACGUCCCAAGCAAGGCACAAAUUUUCAAAUGUUGUAAAAUAAAGGGUGUUUGUUUAGAGGUAUACAACUUUUAUUUAAAAUGAAAGACAUACAAUCUAAAAUGAAUAAAGUCCUGAUGAAGUAAAAUAAAAUUCUACGAUUUUAUAAACAUUGCUCCGGUGGUAGAUUAAUUUGCAAAAGCAUACUAAAAAGAAAUGUCAAAUACACUGAUAGCCAGUUUGACAGCUACCCAACCAGAACUAUAUACCUCUAAAAAACACCCUUUAUUACUUAUUUAAAUCCUGUAAUACAUAGUGUACAUAUAUACAUAUAUAAGUAAAUUUAUUGUUUAUAUGUUACUGCAUAUUGGGGGUAAGAAGAAAAAAUAAAUAUUUUUGCUUAAUAAAGUUUUUGCACAAUAUACAUUUUGGCUGUGAUUCGGCAGCACACUGUUAUUUCAA